AUGUCCAACAUUGAGCAAGAUCAAGUCGAGAUGAACGAGGAGUCUGAGGAUCUCACUGCCAUCACCACCACCGAGAUCUUAAAUAGAGUUAAUGCUUUGAUCAAGCUUCAGGAGCAAGCAGAUAAGCUUGAGGAGCAGAAGGAGCCAGAGUAUGAGGCCAUUCACAACAAAUACAAGCCACUCUUUGAGGAGAUCCUCAAGAUUAGAGCCUCAAUCAUCAGUGGUGAGACUGAGCCAACUGAUAUUGAUUCGGCCCCAAAGGAGCCAUUGACCAUCUCAGAGUUGCCAUCAAAUGACAUCAAGGGUAUUCCAAACUUCUGGCUUGGUGUCCUCACUAACUUCCCAUACACUAAGGACUUGCUGGCCGAGGAGGACGAGCCAGUUCUGUCACAUUUGAUCAACAUCGCCGUCGCUGACGACGAGGAAACUGGAAGCUUCACUGUACAAUUUGUCUUCUCACCAAACGAAUACUUCACCAACACUUCGAUCACCGCCGCCGUCGCCAUCGAGGGAGGAGAAAUCGCCUCAAUCAAGGUCGACCCAAUCGAGUGGAAGGAGGGCAAGAAGUUCAUCAUCAUGCAGGUCGAGAAGAAGAUCAAGAAGAAGGGUCCAAAGGGCAAGCCCCCUGUCGUCACCACCAAGAUCGUGGAGGAGAAGCUCCAGUCUAUAUUCACCGUGCUCCUCGUCAACUCUGACUCUGAGGAUGCCGAGUUCAAACACAGCGAGGACGAGCUUGCCACCCCCGAGGAGAUCAUGCAGAUUCAAGGAGGCAUUCUGGACAACCUGGCACAGAAGGUCGUGCCCUUCGCCAUCGAGUGGUUCCUGGGUCGCGGCGAGCUCGACGAGCAGGACGGAAUGGGAGACUUUGACAUGGGUGACUUUGAUGAGGAGGAUCUUGAUGAGGACGACGAGGAUUUUCCACAGCAGCAGGCACCACAGGGACGCAGACCGGCCGGCGGUCAGCCACCAAAGCCAAACAAUCCAGAGUGCAAGCAGCAAUAA